CACUGGGGCCUUCCGGUCUGCGCCACUAGUCUAAUACCCGGGGCGCACCGCUCCUUCCUGAGGCGUCACUACUCGUGAUAUUACGGGAUCCUCCGGAGCCCUGUCCUUCCUGUGGAGCCGCUACACCUGAUAUUACGGGCGCCCAUCGCCUCUUAUCCCCCACUCCGCCGAACAGGGCUCUCACCUCUGCCCGUCACUCAGCGGAGGGGCCGCCCCCGGCGGAGGCUCCGCACCGAGAUGGCGGCCGAGAUCCACGCCAGGCCGCAGAGCAGCCGGCCCGUCCUGCUCAGCAAGGUCGAGGGGCACCAGGACGCGGUGAGCGCCGCCCUUCUCAUCCCCAAGGAGGACGGGCUCAUCACAGCCAGCGAGGACAGAACAAUUCGAGUAUGGCUGAAAAGGGACAGUGGCCAGUACUGGCCCAGCAUUUACCACACAAUGUCAUCUCCUUGUUCAGCUAUGGCUUAUCAUCAUGACAGCAGAAGAAUAUUUGUAGGCCAGGAUAAUGGUGCCAUUAUGGAAUUCCAUAUCUCAGAAGACUUUAAUAAGAUGAACUUUGUCAAGACGUACCCAGCUCAUCAGAAUCGGGUGUCUGCUGUCAUUUUCUGCUUGGGAGUAGAGUGGGUUAUCAGUACUGGCCAUGACAAGUGUGUCAGCUGGAUGUGCACCAGGAGUGGGAAUAUGCUGGGAAGACAUUACUUCACUUCUUGGGCUUCAUGUUUACAAUAUGACAUUGAAACCCAGCAUGCCUUUGUUGGGGACUACUCUGGACAGAUCACGCUGCUGAAGCUUGAACAGAACACAUGCACGGUUAUCACAACGCUCAAAGGGCAUGAAGGAAGUGUUGCUUCCCUGUGGUGGGAUCCUGUUCAACGACUACUCUUCUCUGGAGCAUCUGAUCACAGCAUUAUUCUGUGGGAUAUUGGUGGAAGGAAAGGCCGAACACUGCUGCUUCAGGGCCAUCAUGACAAGGUGCAGGCCAUUUGUUACAUUCAGCUGACACGGCAAUUGGUCUCAUGUUCAGCUGAUGGAGGAAUUGCCGUUUGGAAUAUGGAUAUCAGCAGAGAAGAGGCUCCUCAGUGGCUAGAAAGUGAUUCUUGUCAAAAAUGUGAACAGCCUUUCUUCUGGAAUAUAAAGCAGAUGUGGGACACAAAGACACUAGGGUUGAGACAGCAUCACUGCAGGAAAUGUGGUCAAGCAGUAUGUGGCAAGUGCAGCACUAAGCGGUCCAGCUACCCAAUCAUGGGCUUUGAGUUCCAGGUCCGUGUCUGUGACUCUUGCUUUGAGUCAAUCAAAGAUGAAGAUCGUACUUCCCUGGCAACCUUUCAUGAAGGAAAACACAACAUUUCCCACAUGUCUAUGGACGUUUCUAGGGGACUAAUGGUGACCUGUGGAAGUGAUCGAAUUGUGAAGAUAUGGGACAUGACGCCAGUAGUUGGUUGCAGCCUUGCAACUGGCUUCUCCUCACGCUGACCUAGGACCUGACAGGUUCAUGCACCUUAUGUACAGCAACAUGCACCGAAUGAAUGAAAUUCCUCCUAAGAAUAUCGUCACAAAAGCACUGAUUGCUGGAUCCUUUUUCUCUUGCUCUUCCAGGAUGGACGGUUGCCUUUAGAAGAGUUUUGCUCUACAUAGGCUUCAAUGAGAAUCACCUUGAUGCAAAAAUGCAAUUUCGCAGCCUGUUGAUAUAACAUAAAAUGGCUUACCUGCAACAUGACACUGCGAUAAAAGGAUCUGUCAUAACUUGGUUUACAUGUAGUGUUAACAAUGUGCUUUCUCUGCAGAAAUAUCUUGUACAGUAGCUAAAGGAUUAUCAGAGCAAAAUGAGUUUAGUUUUUUCAGGUUUGUGCAAAUAGUAAAUACUGUCCCUUCCAGUAAGCAGUCCCCCAUUGAACUCUUUGCCUGGGUGCAUCUGUUUAGGCUGCCUCUAAAAGGAGUAUUGGUUAUAACUUUGGAUGAAGGAAAGACUUAUUGUUUUGAAGCAAUGUUUGAAUAAAGGAGCAGGCGUUCCCUCUGUCUUGGGGUGGCAGUAAGAGUAAAUGCUUGACAUAAGAGGUCCUGAUCUACUGGCUUUCUUGGAGUGUCAUCUGCAAGUUCAGUUAUUGGUAAAACUACUUUAAAAUAAUCUGUUCUCUUCAAAUAGCUUCUGAAGUGUCUGUAAAUAAUCUCAGGCUUUUAGACAUGCUGAAGCUAUAUUUUUUUUCCCCUCUUCUUGGCUAACACAACUGAACUUUU